CCCAUCAAGUGUUUAGCGGCUAGCGCCACAAACGGCAAAAAGAUACUCAGCGGCAGCGCUGCUCAGCGCUGUGAGCUUUCUGUUGUUUUUAGUUUCUAUCUGUGUGUUAAUAAAAAUCUGCAAAUCUCAAUUCAAUAAAUUCUGGUUCUACUUCACUCAGUCCUAAAAAGUUACUCUCGUUGUGAGUGAUCGUAAGCCAAGUUGCCUCGGUUGCUAAAUAACGUAGUAAAGUAAGUCUAUAAAAUGAAACAACUGAUAAAUAAAUAGGAAAGAAUGAAUAGAUUAUUUUUCAAAUACAGAUUUUUGUUUAAUGCUCAAUGAUUUGGCGCAUUUGUUGAAACAUGUGAUUAGAAAUGUAAAUAUUUUAUUUUAUUAUAGUACAAAAUGGACGUGAAAGUUUAUAAUCGUGGGUGUGAUGUGAUGUGAUUAGAGUGGUGCAGUUCAGGAUUCGUUGCAGCCUUUGCUUUUUUUUGUGAACCGAGACGAUCAUUGACUUGACGUCCAAGCACUUGUCAAAGCCGCACUUGUUCGAGCUUCAGAAAAAAAAAUCCCGGGGCACGCUCUUCCAUCAUGUAUCAACAAAUAACCUAAAAACAAACUAUUCGAAUAUUUAAACUAGAAUGACUGGAAUCUCCUUCGAACCUCACGUAUGUGAUACAAACCUACAUAGACCUAUUUUAAUAUAAAAAAAAUCUUUUGCAAAACCCGCGUUCCUCUAGAAUUAGUGUCAAUUAGAACCAAAGUAACAAGCCCGCCCUUCAAAAGGGGUGGUGAAUUUGAAAUUAUUUUUUCUAAUAACCAAAGUUAGUGUAAGAUGUCGAAUAUGCCAAUUUAUAGUCAGGUGGUGCCCAAGUCCCAGUACAGGGCGAAGAACUCCAAAGGGCAAACGUCCAGAGAGUCCCGAGCGCAAAAUUCAAAUCGGGAAUUCGAUCCUUUGAAUUACAACCACGGAGGAAACAUACAACUUCUAAACGCGCCUUUGGAGAGUAGGAUGGAGAAGUUAGAGAAACGGGAGUCAAGACGGAAAGACGAGACGAGAUCGAGGAAGACGCAGAAUAGAAAUGAAAACCCAAAUGAGGGUAAAGUGGAAGCCUAUUUGAGGCAGAACCAGGUCAGCAUCAGGCAGCAGCAGCACAGACAUUCGGCUGUUAGACAAGCUGAACAUCGUGUUAAUUUAAGAUCUCUCCCCCUGAACGAAGUGACAUCUCGCGGCCACGAGCGGACGCCUACUGAUCGACAUCGCGGUUUCCCGGGCGACAGAGAUGCGUCCAGAGACUACCGGCGGGAGAGAGAGAGGGACAGAGAAAAAGAUAGAGACAGAGAGAGAGAUAGAGAUCGAGAUAGAGAUUUCGAUUUCGAUGGUUCUCCACUAAGUCCGAUGGCUCCCAAGGGCGACAAAGACCGGCCGGUGCGCAAAUCCACGUCGGCGCAGCGUGUCUCCGAGAUGAUCUCAGCAGACAAGAGGCGCUUCUUCUGCAGGGAGUGGGUGUUCCAGAAAAUAGCGCACUGUCUCGAACAGCGGGCCGUUAGCAAGACUGCUGGAACUUUGAUUCUAGGCGAUGCUGGAAGUGGAAAGACAGCUUUAUCCCAAGAGCUCAGUCAGCCAGGCAACGGUCCUCAAGCGAGGCAGCAGCGAGCUCUGAACCGAAGGUUGCUAGCGAGGCACUUUCUACAGGGUCACGGUGAGAGCAGUCAGCGGCCGGGCGAGUUCGUCCGCUCGCUGGCGAUGCAGAUAUUGAGCCAUUCAUCCCACGCUAGACCCAAUGAAAGAGACCAUUCCCCCAAGGACGACGCCACACCCAGCAGUCACAGGCGAAACUCCACGGAAGAGAAUUUAAUACAGCGAUUCAGAGAGAUGGGUGACGACGGAGAAGAGAGUUCCAAACCUCUCCUAGCUGAUAGUGAAGAUCAAAGAACGGACGAGGAGGACAUAAACGCACGACAGCGCACCGCGGAGCGCAUCCACGAGCGCGACGCGUACCAGGACUGCAUGCCCGACGCGCAGCUCAGCGGGCAACACUUGCCAGAAAUCUUACCCAGGUCCAGUAUAAAAGCGACCAAUCCCUUCGUCAACAACGAGGAAGACUUCCGCCUCUACGAGAACCACGAAAACCUAUUCCUUCGCAACAUCUCGCAACGACAAUCAAAAGAACUCCGCAACUCGCGACUGUUGCGACAAAGCUCGGAACCUCUAUCCGACAAAAAGCCUACGGUACUCCAGAAAAGUCUGUCCACCGAACAGGAUGAGAAGCCAAAAGAAAUUAACAACAGUCCCCCAAAAUCCAGGAUUCCUGUGGCAAAUUUCCGCUAUCCAAACAAGAGCGACUUGCGGCCGAAUUCAGCUGAGAAUUCCCCCAAAAAGUCUGACGCGAGACCCACUUCCCCCAAAGAAUUAGAAAAAACCGAACCAGAAACUGAACAACCUGAAUAUCAGAACGUACUAAAUCCCAACAUACCAAAAGACGACUUGCAGACUGAUCUUGAGAAGUUGUUGGAGAAGAAACGUUCAGCCUCUGAUGAUGUACCGCCUCCCAUACCCAGCUUGCCCGUGAACCCGAGGACGUUGAUAGCGAAUGCUUACUACGAUAAGCUGUUGUCUGAAACUGAGAUCCAACAAGCUCUGUUGCCUCAGAAUUUGGAGAAGAACCCCGAUGAGUGCUUCAAAAAGGCUAUUUUGUUUCCAUUGCUGGAGAUCGAUCCGCCGAAACAGUGUCUCUUCUUGUUGGUGGACGCGAUUGAUGAAGGCGCUUUGAGUGGGGACAUCAAUGAGGAUGGCACGGAGGGUUCCGUGGCAGCGCUCCUAGCGCGGCAUCAGCACUUGUUGCCGCACUGGCUGCUGCUGGUAGCGACAGCUAGACGACACUCCCGACAGUCGAGACCUCUCACUAAGAUGUUCACAGGGUUCCGUAAAAUCACCCUCGACGAGUUGCAACGUGCUCACGUGUCCGCUGACGUACAACGCUACGUGCUCGCCAGACUCGACACGGAACCUAGACUGCGAGCUCGCGUGUCAAGCGACUCCACCGCAGCUGCGGCCGCUGCAGCUGCUUUGGAUCACCUUCGGAUAAAGAGCGAUGGAUGUCUACUGUACUUAGAAAAGGUACUGGACGGUGUGGCGGACGGCUUCAUAGCUCUGCGGGAGAUCCGCGAGAUACCCGGCACGCUCAACGGACUGUACCUGUGGCUGGCGCAGAGACUGUUCCACGGACGACGAUUCAAUAAGGUUCGUCUGUUGCUAGACGUACUGUUGGCGGCGCGCUGCGGAGUGACGGAGGACAUGCUGUACAAGUGCCUGCUCACCAAGGAGUACAGCGUCACCAGAGAUGACUUCAACAGGAGAUUGCAUCUGUUAAGACGAAUCUUGGUGAUGGAGCGCGCUACGGGCUACCUGAGCCUGUUCCACCACUCGUUCGCGUCGUGGCUGGUGGACGUGAAGCACUGCACGCGCCGCUACCUGUGCGCGCCCAGCGACGGCCACGCCGCGCUCGCCAUGUACUACACGCUGGACGCCAAACGACUAAGCGCCCUAGAGAUCCACAACUACGUGUAUCACAUGACACAUCUGGAGCAGCACAUGGCAUCGCAGAAGAAAAACAAAACUAACACAGACGACGAAGAUCAUAUAGAUCUUCACACCCUAAUCCUCUUAUGGGUACUGGACUCUGGGUGCGACGUGGAAGCAGCGUUGAGAAGAGAGAGCGAUAUCAAACUCGUCGACAUUGAUAACAACCCGACCGAAGACAAUAAAUUGGAGGAAAAAGAUUGCGAUCCUGAAUCAGAAGGAAAAGAAUCAGUCUCCUGCAAAUCACUGGAACCUUCGACGUUAGAGAACAUAAUGCCGGAGCUAGUGAAUGGUAACACGACACGAUGGCCGCGCGACCGGCGCGUGCUUAAGGCUUUGCUAGAGCUGAGCAGGACUGACUCCAUACCCACCGAGCCGGAGGGAGAAGAUCUCAACGAUUUGAUGUCGACAGACCAAGCAGUGGAGAGUGAAGACAAUGCCGACGCUACAGGCGACGAACACGAGGAGACGCUACUGUUGGACCCCAGCACGAUACAUGAACUCGCCACCAAGGGAGACGAGGACACUUUGGCUGCCCUGUUAAAGCGCUGUCCAGAGUUGGCGAACGCAACGGACGCAGUGGGCAGCACGCCGCUGCACUCGGCUGCGCGCAGCGGACGCGCGGGCAGCGCCGCUAUACUGCUGCAGGCGGGUGCGUCCGCCGCCGCCGCGGACGCCGACGGGUGGAGCCCGCUGCGAGCAGCCGCCUGGGCCGGACACACUGAGGUGGUAGAUGUGUUACUGGAACACGGCUGUGACGUUGAUUGUGUGGACUCUGACAACAGAACUGCUUUGAGGGCAGCGGCCUGGUCGGGCCACGAAGCUGUGGUGGCGCGUUUGCUAGCGGGCGGCGCGGCUCCGGAGCGAGCGGACGCGGAGGGUCGCACGCCGCUCAUGGCCGCCGCUUACAUGGGACAUGCGGACAUCGUGAGGUUGUUGCUGGAUGCGGGAGCUAGUCCUGACCAUGCCGAUCAUGAUGGUCGCACAGCACUAGCAGUGGCAGCGCUAUGCGCGGCGGGCGGUGCGUGCGCGGCUCUGUUGUUGGAGCGAGGCGCAGACGUCAGCAAAGCGGAUCGUGACAAGGCCACACCGCUAUUGGUCGCUGCUUUUGAAGGCCAUACAGAAAUCUGCGAACUGCUCCUCGAGGCGGAGUCGGACAUCGAGGCGUGCGACAGCGCCGGACGCACCGCGCUGUGGGCCGCCGCGUCCGCCGGACACGCGGACACUGUCCGGCUGCUGCUGUUCUGGGGCGCGUGCGUCGACAACAUGGACUGCGAGGGCCGGACAGUGCUGAGCACUGCUGCUGCGCAAGGCAACGUGGAAGUAGUUCGUCAGUUGCUGGAUCGGGGCUUGGACGAACAUCACCGGGAUAAUUCCGGAUGGACUCCACUGCAUUACUCCGCCUUUGAAGGUCACGUAGAAGUGUGCGAGGCUUUACUCGAGGCUGGUGCUAAGGUCGAUGAGGCGGACAACGAUGGGAAGGGCCCGCUAAUGUUGGCGGCUCAAGAAGGUCACACUCGUUUGGUGGAGGUCCUGAUAGAUCAAUGGGGGGCACCUGUGGACCAGAGAGCUCAUGACGGAAAGACCGCCUUACGACUGGCAGCUUUAGAAGGGCAGUUCGAAACAGUGACCGCCUUGCUCUGUCGUGGCUCGGACGUGGAUGCGUUGGACGCCGACCGACGCAGCACGCUCUACGUGCUGGCGUUGGACAACCGGCUGGCGAUGGCUCGCCAGUUACUGACCUGUGGAGCCAGCGUGCACUGCAGUGAUACUGAGGGUCGAACACCGUUGCACGUAUCAGCGUGGCAAGGACAUACAGAGAUGGUCAAUAUGCUAAUUAAAGUCGGGGGUGCUGCAGUGGACGGGCGCGACCGCUGCGCGCGCACGGCGCUGCACGCGGCCGCGUGGCGGGGCCGCGCCGCCGCCCUACGUGCGCUACUGCAGCAUGGAGCUUCGCCCUCCGCCGUCUGCACGCAGGGUGCUACGCCCCUCGGCAUAGCGGCUCAGGAAGGGCACGAGGAAUGUGUGCUGUGGCUGCUACAACAUGGCGCAGACCCCAUGCAGGCUGAUCAUUGUGGUCGCACUCCAGCGAAAGUGGCAUGGCGGGCAGGACACGCGAACAUCUGUCGCCUGUUGGAGCGGUGGGCCGCGCCCUCCGCGCCUCCCUCCGCCCCGCCCGCCGCACCGCCGCCCGACGACCUGCUGAAGCCGGCGAGGACUGGUUCGCCGGACUACAAACGGCGUAGCGUGCAUAGUUCGAACUCAACCAAAUCGUCUUCCAACAUGACAGGCGGCUCCAACAGGUCUCACGAACAUGCCGAUGAAGCCGGACACGAUAAGGCGAAUCGAGCAAAACUAUCGCUGUCUUUCGCACAGCAAGUAGCUCGAUGCGGUCGCACGCGCCGGGAGCUGGACCGGGACGAGCCUAUACCGGAGCACCAGGCGGUGGAGAAGGACUCCAAACUGAGGAGUUACGUAGCGAACGAGCGAGACGGAGAGCUGCGCGGCUACGCGAGGGAGAGGGACCGACGGCGCGAGCAGCGACACGGCACAGCCAGCCCUCUGUACGCGUCGCCUCCGCGGAGCCCUAGCGAACCGAGGAGCCCCUCGCCUUUGUUAGCUGGUACUGGCUCGCAGCCCGCCAGCCUGACCAGCAUGCAGCCGAUAGUGACAGAUACACACUUCAACCGCGACACGCACAUGCGCAUCAUCCUCGGCCGCGACAACAAGCCGGCGCACGACCGACACGACAGUGAGGUGGUAUUGGCGACACGGUUCAUUUACAACAAAAUUGUCGGCAGUUUAGGAAGAGCUAGAGGGAAGAUAUUUAAGAAAACUAAAAAUAAACGCAACGGAAUCGUGACCAACCCAGCGAUGCGAUUAGUGGCCAACGUUAGAAAUGGACUUGACAAUGCCGCAGCGAAUAUACGUCGUACGGGCGUCGCUUUAGCCGCGAGCGCCAGUUCCGCGAACCCCGCGGUCAAAACCAACGCCUUCCAGUGGAGAAAAGAGACGCCGCUAUAAAAAUGCUACUAAGAGAAAGGGACGUCACUACAUUCCGGUAUUCUAGCUUUGCAUUGGGUGAAAGAGACUUCGCUAUAAGAAUACAGAUGAAGAGAGGAGAUAGCGAAAGUGUAUCUAUAGUGUGACAUAAACGAGUAAACUAAUUAACUCACUGUGUGACCACAUUUACUGUCAUUAUCAUAAAGAUCUGUCAUUAUAGAGCAACCAAUUAUUAUUGAUAGGUUUGUCAGGUUAUUGGUGAAUAAUCACCAGACAAAUUACAAUAAAGAUCAUCUAUUAUGAGAUUUAAAAAAUAUGUAUAAAACCAAUAAAUAUAUCCUGUGUCCGUAUAACACACAACUAUAAUUUUUAAAUCGUAAUACACACACAAGUAAAUUAACCACAGUGAAAGAUCCAUUCUAUAGACGCAUUUGUAUGAACACGUUAGAUCAUGAUCAUAUAGUUUUGAUAGAGGGGUAACCUAGUGAGCCAGAUCUUACAGAAAGUAAUUGGUCUGAGGAUGAAAAUGAUAUUUAAUUACUCAAAAGAACUAAUAAUACCCACCAUUUUCCGUCUAACUAUUUAUAUGCAACUUUUAUUGAUACAUUGCUUUUAAUAUACAACGGUGUUGCAUAAGAUCGAAUAAGAUGGUAAAGGAAGGAGGUGGGAGUUUGCUUUGAAUAAGAGUAAAUUCAAAGAUAUUCUACUAUUAGAUAUGUUACGUGCCUACAAAAUAACUGCAAAACUGAUCGUAAUUUAGCUAUUCCACUGAGCACACGCAUGCACAAUUUUGUGUUUAUUUAUACUAUAUAUUUAUCUCCUGGGCAUGUACUUCUAACUUUUCCAAUUUUAAGAAAUUAAAUAUCACGUGUCUCAAACGGUAAAGGAAAAACAUCGUGAGGAAACCUGCAUACCUGAGAAUUUUCUUAAUUCUCUGCGUGUGUGAAGUUUGCCGAUCCGCAUUCCUCUUAUUUUGAGUGGAGACUCGAGCUCAGCGUUGAGCCGAAUAUGGGUUGAUAAUGAUGAUGAUGAUAUAUUUAUCUAUAUAUAGUUUUUACACUUCUUGAAUACACAACUCGCCAUUGUAGUCAAUAUUUAGGUAUUAUUAUAUUAUGACUUUCGUUGUUUACAAUGCGACUACAUGGAAUUAAGACAAUUAGCCACUUCUGUCCGCCUCAGUUUCGAUGCGCUUGUGACAUAUCUAUGGUAUAAAAUCUUUGAGUAAAAUAGAAUCUCUACGUAUAUUCCUUAGGUAUUAACACGAACAGCCCCAAUUUAUAACAUUUUAAUUUUGACGACAUUAAGUAUAAUAAAUAACAAUCAGAGCGCCUCAUAUAAGCAUAUAAGCAUUUUUUGAUGUUCUUCUAAGCAAUGGAGAAUUAUAAAAAAAAAGUUAAAUAGAUGGUACAAAAAUGACAUUUAAAAAGUAAUAUAAAUUUAAAUCGCUAUAAAUUUAAUAGCUAUAUAAGUAAUUAAUUAAUGUAUGGUUCACCAGAUGUACCUAAUAACACGUAAUUCAUUUAGAAUAUGGUGUAUUUUCAUGGCAACAAUAUACUUAGCUAUACCAAAUCGUAAAUUAAAAUCAUCAAUUGUAUUGAGGUUCAAACAGUUUUGAAACGCCUUUCAAAAAUGUAUUUUGGUUAAUGAUGAUAUUCUUUGCAAUAAUUGUUAUUAUUGAUAAAAUCAUACUCAUCACUAGUAGAUGAUAUAUUCUGUAAUUUUAACAACAGAAACAACUAUACAAAUCAACAGCAAAACCAACAACAACAGAAAAUCAUUAAACUUUUAACAUAUUUUUGCGUAUAUAUUUAUUUUUUUAUUUAUUUAUACACUUUAUUUUGUACACCACAAUUAAAGGAUACAAACAAUAUAACAAACAAACUAGGAUGCAAAAGGCUGCCUUAUCGCCUCGUAGCGUUCUCUUCCAGGCAACC